CCGCUAGCAUCAUCUCACUAUCCCCGACUCCACUUCAGUCCUGCUGCUGCAAUCAGUCCACUUCCGAUUCCGAGGCCAUGGAGCAAAGCCCGGUGAUUCCUCGGGUCCGUCUGGGCACCCAGGGACUGGAGGUGUCAAAGCUGGGGUUCGGGUGCAUGGGUCUGACGGGCUCCUACAACUCGCCGCUGGACGACGCCGCCGGCAUCGCCAUCAUCGCGCACGCCUUCCGCCGCGGCGUCACCUUCUUCGACACCUCCGACGUCUACGGCCCCCAAACCAACGAGAUCCUCGUCGGCAAGGCGCUGAAGCAUCUGCCGCGGGAGCAGGUGCAGGUGGCCACCAAGUUCGGCAUGCGGCCUGGCGCCGACGGCACCACCGGCGUGUGCGGCCGGCCUGAGUACGUGCGCGCCUCCUGCGAGGCCAGCCUGCGCCGCCUUGACGUCGGCUACAUCGACCUGUACUACCAGCACCGCGUCGACACCACCAUCCCCAUCGAAGACACGAUCGGCGAGCUGAAGAAGCUGGUGGAGGAAGGGAAGAUCAGGUACAUCGGGUUAUCGGAGGCCAGCCCGGACACCAUCAGGCGUGCUCACGCCGUGCAUCCCAUCACUGCCGUGCAGAUGGAGUGGUCUCUGUGGGCUCGUGACAUCGAGCCCGAGAUUGUGCCGCUCUGCAGAGAAUUGGGGAUUGGAAUUGUUCCUUACAGCCCGAUUGGCCGCGGGUUCUUCGGCGGAAGAGGAGUAACAGAACAAGUGUCUGCUCAAUCUAGCCUGCAACGGCAUCCGAGGUUUCUGGCAGAAAAUCUUGAGAAGAACAGGCAUCUUUAUCUGAAAAUUGAACAACUAGCCAAGAAGCAUCAGUGCAGCCCUGCUCAGCUAGCUUUAGCUUGGGUUUUGCAUCAAGGGGAUGAUACGGUUCCAAUACCUGGGACAACUAAGAUCAAGAAUUUAGAUGCCAACAUUGACUCCUUCAAGGUGAAGCUCACACACGACGACCUGGAAGAAAUUAGCAACCAGAUACACGAAGAAGAUGUGGCAGGUGGAAGGCCAUAUAAUUCCCUUGCGCAUACCACCUGGAAGGAUGCAAACACUCCAAAGAAGUAAAGGUACAAAAUAUUAUAGCGACGGCGGUCUGUGUGAUUAAAUAAUGGUGCCAUUCUACCUGCCGAUGUGAUAAAUGGUGCUGAAUGUAUAUUGCGAAUCAUGU